CACAAUGUGCGGGCAUCCUUUUCUCGCCGUCGACACACAUGGAAUGCGCUGACGACUUUGACCCUGCUCUCUUAGUCAUCGUAGGCACACAGCUCAAAGAGGGAUGUGUCGAAUCUACGUAGUCAUAUCUGUGAUUAGACCAUUGGGUAAAAAUAAAGGGUGCGAGACGGCUGGUUUGAACGAUUCUCCCUGCAUUUUUUGGGAAAGAAUGCCCAGCGAAGUCAAGCCUCGGAUUGUUGUUCUCUAUGGGUCUCAAAAAGGUCAAGCACAGUCCAUAGCAGAGGGGAUAGCUGAAGAGGCAGAGGAGCAUGGUCUACUUGCAGAGCUCAGCUGCUUAAAUCAGAAAGAUAAGUACAAUUUGGAGAAGGAGAAGUCCCCAGUGGUCUUUAUUGUGUCUACUACUGGAGAUGGGGAGCCACCAGACAAUGCCCUGCAAUUUGUCAAGCACAUCAAGAAGAAGACCCUCUCCUCUGUUCACUAUAAACACCUUCACUAUGCACUUUUAGCUUUAGGAGACACCAAUUAUGAAAACUUUUGCAAAUGUGGCAAAACAAUUGAGCGGCGUCUACAGGAACUCGGAGCCCAAAAAUUCUAUGCAACAGGAUAUGCAGAUGAUGGUGUAGGGUUGGAGGUGGUUGUGGACCCUUGGCUUGAAGGACUGUGGAAAGCUGUCAAAGCAGCGUUAACAAAUAUGAUUUCUAAUUCGAGUAUUAAAGAGGAUUCUGAGAAGACAAUUCCAGAUUCAUUGAUACCAGACGUCCAACUAAACCUGCUAAGCCUCACUGACGACCAGUCCCCUGAUUUUGAUCCCAAAUGUGCAUCUAUGGGUUCAGCUUCUGCCACACAGGCGGGAUCACCGUCUGGUGGUGUUGUCAGUUUAACCACACGGCCACAAGAGACACAAAACAUAAAUCUUGGAAUGUCCAAUGCACCGUCACUAUCACACUCUGUGUCUCCGCUGUCAGAUGCAUCUCUUAAUGUUCCUGCUCUACCUCCACCUUUCCUAGAAGUGUCUCUUCAGGAAGUAGACACUGUGGAUGAGGUGAGGGUGCUUGUUAAAAGUCACGAUUUGGCUCUCCUAGAUCCUUUUCCUGUUGUAAUUAAAUUGAAAGUUCUUAUACCUGUAUAUUUUUUUUGUAUUUUGUUGUCUUUUUUUCUUCUUUUAAAAAAAAAAAAAAUGAGCACCUGUUUCAUUCAGAUUUUUGGACCGUUAAACUGUGAAACUCUCAAUGAGGUUCCCAUAUCACGUGCAGUUUGUUUAACAACAGGCGAGUCAGUCAAGACAGCCAUCCUUCUUGAACUUGACAUCUCGGCUUACCCAUUGUUGAACUAUCAACCAGGGGAUUCGUUUGAUGUUUUCUGCCCAAAUAGAGCGUCUGAGGUCAAGCAAUUACUCAAAAGAGUGGGCCUAGAGGAUCAAAAGAAUCAUCACGUCCAAGUUUCUUUACUUAAAAACACAAAGAAAAAAGGUGCUCAGGUGCCCUCCUAUAUCCCUCAGAACAUUUCUUUAUUGUACCUGCUCACAUGGUGUCUGGAGAUAAGAAGUGUUCCAAAGAAGGCCUUCUUGCGAGCACUGGCUGAGCAUACAGCAGACAGCGUGCAGAGGAGGAGACUGCAGGAGCUUUGUAGCAAACAAGGCGCCGCUGACUACAACCAGUUUGUGAGAGAGUCAAGCCUCAGUGUUUUGGAGCUUCUCGCCGCCUUCCCAUCCUCCCUGCCUCCCCUCAGCCUCUUAGUAGAGCAUCUCCCCAAGCUGCAGCCAAGGCCUUAUUCAGCUGCCAGCUCCUGCCUUCAGCACCCAGGCAAGCUGAAUUUUGUCCUAAGUGUUGUCGAGUUCCCAGUAUGCUCAGGUCGUCCUGUGGGGAGGCGAGGCUUGUGUACUGGUUGGCUCGUUGACCUCGUCAACCCUGCCCAGCUUCUCCCAGGGGAGGCUGAAUCGCUGUGUCGCAUGGCCCUACCGCAGAUCCAUGUGAGUUUGAGACCUAACUGCUCUUUUCGACCUCCACCUGACACGUCAGUGCCUCUCGUAAUGGUCGGACCUGGCACGGGUGUCGCGCCCUUCAUUGGCUUCCUGCAGCAAAGGCGGGUUGUGUAAACCUAUCCUGGUGUGAAGCAGCAUUGUUCCUGAUACGACCUCGCCGAUUGACACCUCCUCUGAGAUAACAAUCACCAGUUUGUCAACAGGGGUGCCGUAUCUGCCUCUGGGCCUGACAAAACAUCCUGUUUGCAGUACAAUCAUGCUGAGACCCUUCCAUCUCGACUUCUGAUGCUAAUCGAUGCUUGUUUGCAAAAAUAAAUCUUUGAAUUCAGAUUGCUCAUGGAAGAAGUCUCUCUAAAAGGUCACAGGCUCACUAAGUGGUGGCAAAUGUUUUAUUUUAUUUAUUUAUUUAUUUUUUAAAACAAGCUCCACAGCCUGUUGUCUGGCAUUGAUCUCUGCACAAGAUUUGAUGCAAAAUGCGAUGUCUGCUUGUUUUGUUCGCAGCAGUGACGGGAGUGAAAUAAAUAUAACACUGAGCUGUCAUCUGUCAAAUCCCUCAUGACUUUAACGAGAUAAUUGAUGUCAGAGGCUAAACUUGACAAGCUUGACAACUCGCCAAAGCUUCAGGUACACCUGGACAAUCCAAUAAAAUCCUAUACAAGAGAUAAAUUAUUACAUAAUUAAAUUUGUGGUUUUAUAGAGCUAAAGCUCCAUGUUGACACUCUCAGGGAGCUAUUUUAUUUUGUCUUUCUGUGUUUGUUAGUUAACAGAACUAUACAAAACUACUAUCGAUGUUCUACUUUGUAGAAAGAAGGCACGGGUUAAAUACUGUUGUUGCACAUUUGGAUAAAUCAAUGGAUUAGUUUUUGCUUUGAUACUCCUGUAGUAUUGACCAGUGUGUAAUUUUGCAUUUGUGAUAAGCAUAGUCAUCAAUUAAUUUCAUUCAUUGAUUUGAUUUGAUUUCGGAACUGAUUGUGAAUUAAUGGCAGUUUGACUGGAUUGAGACAAAAUGAAGUGCGGUACUUGCCUGCAACCAGCACAGGUGCUGUUGAUUCAGUGUCAUAAGCUAAUUUGCCGUAUAAAGAAAACUAUAUCAGCUAUGGGUAGUUGCGCUAAAUUCACGCAGAACUCCUCCAUGCAACAAUUUUCUGCUCAAUACGUCCGUGGUGUUGGAAAUGAGAGUUAGAGAUUCUCCCAUGCCAUGAAAACAAAAAAUUAAAUGAUUCUUUAUUUUAUUUUUAUUAGAAGGUGAACUACUGUACACCUUAAAAUGGUCGCCAGUCACAUACAGAUCCCAUGUAGAUAUAGACAAGCAUUCACAUUCACACUGUCGAAGAAUGCGAGCGGAACCCACGCUGCCUGCAUAGAAGUCAGCCGAGUGAACCACUACACCAUCAGUGACCUAAUGAAACGUAACACGAUAAUUAAGAUGUUUACCAACUCUUACCCCUCGGCCCGCCCUCACUAAAUGGAGCGCUUCUGGUCCCGACCAAAUGGUGUGCUCCAAUUGCUGAUGAUCUCAUGGGAUCGUGUUGCACGCCGCCGCUGUUGAGUGUGCAGAUGCAGAGAUAUAAUUUGUAUUCAGGGAAAGGCGCCGGUGUGGCCUGCUCAGAAUGGAGCCCAGGUUGUUUCAUACUGGUAUUGAUCCCUUCAGGGCAGGCGGUGAGUGGAGACGAGCGCACGAAAAUGAGUUUACUUGGGGCUGGUUGUGGAUCAGAACAAUCUUGCCCAGGAUGCAAAAGGAAGAGAUUGGAACUACAGCCAGACGGCUUUAUUCGCAAAUCUCACAUGAGGGACACAAAAAUUAAAAGCUUCUCUCUUUUCGUUAUCAUUUGAUCAUCCUUCUGCUGAAAAUUCCUUCUUGCUUCAUUUUAAAUGUGACAUAAAACAUUACAAGUGGAAAAUGCUCACAGAUGAAAUUGACUGUGACAGUAUUAUGAAUAAUAUCUGUUCUGUCUAUCUUUUAAAGCAAUUGGAUAGCAUUUUCAAGUCUUGUGCUUUUUAAAAAAAAUCUUUGUGGAUAUUCUCAAAGUGGCUUGAACUUUCUUUUAAAUUCCAGUAAAAUACAUGCUUCCUUUUCAUGUAAAGUACAUUUUUCAUGUAGAGUUCAGUUGUAUUUCAGUUCAACACAUUUGUAAGAACUGUUUGUUUUUAAACAUUUCUGUACAUUUUUUAUUUGACUUGUAUAUUCAAGUACAGUUUUUUUAUUUUCAUAUAUUUAAGCGCAGUGGUAAUGUUGAACAUGCAUAAUGUUACAAUGUCUUACAGUAAUAUUAAAUAUUCUUUUUCAGAAUAAAA